CGGUGGCGAAUCCAAAGGACGCACACGGCCACAGACACCCCUCACCUCCCCACCCCGGGCAGAGGGCGGCCCAGCACCGCGGGGAAGGGGGUGACCUAGCCAGACUCUCCGGUAUCCUAACCCAACGGAGCCCCUAGCCAAGAGGGGAAGGAUGAGCACCGCCACUUGCUCCAGUUGACGGGUCUGAGGGCACCUGAACCGUCCUCACACAUACCUGAGGCAUGGCUCUGCUCAUCGCCUGGGUAUGCGUCGCUGUGAGCAUGGAGAAGGCGCUGGGGGACCAGGGCGACGGCUCGGACCUCUACUCGGAAAACAUCACUCGGAUCCUCGACAAGCUGUUGGACGGCUACGACAACAGGCUCCGACCCGGAUUUGGAGGCGCCGUGACAGAAGUCAAAACGGACAUCUACGUGACCAGCUUUGGGCCAGUAUCCGACGUGGAGAUGGAAUACACAAUGGAUGUCUUCUUUCGGCAAACAUGGACUGAUGAGAGGUUGAAGUUUAGUGGACCAACUGAAAUUUUGAGAUUGAACAAUUUAAUGGUCAGUAAAAUUUGGACACCAGACACAUUUUUUAGAAAUGGAAAAAAAUCAAUUGCUCAUAAUAUGACAACUCCUAACAAACUUUUCAGAAUUAUGCAGAAUGGAACUAUUCUUUACACAAUGAGACUUACCAUUAAUGCUGAUUGUCCUAUGCGGUUGGUGAACUUCCCUAUGGAUGGACAUGCUUGUCCAUUGAAAUUUGGAAGCUAUGCUUAUCCAAAAAGUGAAAUAAUUUAUACAUGGAAAAAAGGACCCUUGCAUUCAGUAGAAGUACCACAAGAGUCUUCCAGUCUCCUCCAGUAUGACCUCAUAGGACAAACUGUAUCUAGUGAAACAAUUAAGUCUAACACAGGUGAAUAUGUAAUCAUGACAGUUUAUUUCCACUUACAAAGGAAGAUGGGCUACUUCAUGAUACAGAUAUAUACUCCAUGCAUUAUGACAGUCAUUCUUUCUCAGGUGUCUUUCUGGAUUAACAAGGAGUCUGUUCCAGCCAGAACAGUUUUUGGAAUCACUACAGUUCUAACAAUGACCACUUUAAGCAUCAGUGCACGCCAUUCUUUGCCCAAGGUGUCCUAUGCUACCGCCAUGGAUUGGUUCAUAGCUGUGUGCUUUGCCUUUGUCUUCUCUGCACUUAUUGAGUUUGCAGCUGUCAACUACUUUACCAAUCUUCAGACUCAGAGAGCAAUGAGGAAGGCAGCCAGGGCAGCAGCACUGGCAGCAGCACUAUCAGCAGCAACUGUACCGGCAGAGGACGAGAUUGUCUCGCAUUCUGACUCCAACUGUAACCUGAAGAAGCGAGUAAACUCUGUAGCAUCUCAGACAGAGCCGUCUCCUGAAGCCAGCAUAAUAUCCAAUACUGCAUCCCAAUGUCAACCAAUGUCUGUUCCUCCACCAGCCCCACCACCACCUGCUAUUGGAGGCACAAGUAAAAUAGACCAGUAUUCUAGGAUCCUCUUUCCAGUGGCAUUUGCAGGAUUCAACCUGGUGUACUGGGUUGUUUAUCUUUCCAAAGACACAAUGGAAUUUUUUGAACCUACUGCAAUGCAUCUUCACAGUGACUAUCAGCCCAACUGAGGAACAGCUCAAGGAUUCAAAGAAAUUGAUGAAGGU